UGACAACCCGAGACUCUCUGAUCCUCCAGCAAAUGUAAAAAAGAUAUCAACCCUGCCGAUUCGACAUGUGGUCCUCUUCCCUCUUUCAGCCUUCAUUCAGCGUGCCCUUGACUGUCAAAGUUCCCGUCAGUGCGCUUUGGCCUCAGUCGCAGAUCAUUUGUACUCAGAUGGAGAACGAAAUGGCAAGACAGAUGGACAACAUGAGGAGAAGCGUACAUCUCAUGAAUCAGCUCCAGCAUGUUUUACGGAAUGAGAUCGUUGAUGCGGACCAAGUUCCCAGAUGGGAUGGACGUCGAGCCCCUUUUUGCAAAGUGGAGAAGGACGGGCAGCAAUUUUCUGCAAGUCUCGAGGUGGAAGACUUCAAACCCGAGGAGCUGACAGUCAAACAGGUGGGAAGAAAGGUAAUGCUGAGCGGAAAGAAAGAAAAGAAAGAGGAAAGCGAUGGUGGCUCCUACAGCACAGUUAUCAGGAGUUCAGACGAGAGGUCGAGCUUUCAGAUGACGUGAACCUCGAGGAGCUGAGCUGCUCGCUAAACAACGGACAGCUGCGCAUCGAAGCACCAAGGAUGGCACGACCCAGUGUGCCAGAGAGAGUGGUGCCCAUUAAAAGAGAAACCUUGGGAUUCGUGAAGAGUGGAGAGGAGCAAAAUGAAUUCGGAAUGGUGGUAGAAUGAAUGAACAUGUGAAUUGAGGAGCCUUUCCUCAGCUUUUCCAUUGGACUCUUAAAAUGAUGCAGAAGGUUUGGUCAAUAAUUCAAUUUGUUUAAAAUGCUAAUGGAUAUGCAUUAUGCCUUCAAGUUAAUUCCAUUUUUUAGUAUUUAC